AUGAGUGCUGCUGCCAUUUGGAACCUUCUAUCCUUCUUUUUCCUUUUCAUCUUUAUCCAAACACGUGCUGACCUCCCUGGCACCUGGGAGCUUCUCGUCCCCGACGCCGGAAUUGCAUCAAUGCACACGGCCGUGACGCAUUUGAACACCGUCAUCCUCUUAGACCGGACUAACAUCGGCCCAACUCGGAAACUCCUCCCUCCAAACCGCUGCCGGCACGACCCAAAAGACCCGAUUUUGAAGAACGAUUGUUAUGCUCAUUCCGUUGUCCUCGACCUGAAGACUAAUUCCAUCCGCCCUCUAGAGAUACUUACCGACACUUGGUGCUCUUCCGGCCAGUUUCUCCCGGACGGAACACUUCUCCAAACUGGCGGCGACCUCGAUGGCAACAAGAAAAUCCGGAAAUUUGCUCCUUGUGAGGGAACCCUUUGUGACUGGGAAGAACUCAAAGACGUUGAAUUACAGCAGGGGAGAUGGUACGCUACGAAUCAAAUUUUGCCUGAUGGGUCAGUCAUCAUCAUCGGUGGCAGAACAGCUCCCAAUGUUGAAUUCUUUCCGCCGAAGAAACACGGUGCUGUAAACUUUCCUUUCCUCAGCCAAAUGGAAGAUAAUCAAAUGGACAAUCUUUACCCGUAUGUUCACUUACUUCCAAAUGGACAUCUUUUUGUUUUUGUCAACAACAGAGCAGUAUUAUAUGAUUAUGCUGCCAAUGCUAUAAUUAAGGAUUACCCUGUAUUAGAGGGAGGUCCACGGAAUUAUCCUUCAGCUGGGUCCUCGGUGAUGCUGCCGUUAACCGGGGAUUAUUCCUCCGCCACUGUGGUUGUAUGCGGCGGAGCAAGAUACGGGGCGUAUCUUCAGAGGAUCCACGACAGCCCGGCAAAUGGAAGCUGCGGACGGAUCGAGGCGACAAAACCCGACCCAGUUUGGGAAAUGGAGGACAUGCCAUUCGCGAGAAUUAUGGGUGACAUGGUGAUUUUGCCCACCGGAGAAGUUCUCAUCAUCAAUGGGGCUCAGGCGGGGAGUCAAGGAUACGAGAUGGCUACGGAUCCUUGUUUUCACCCGGUUCUGUACCGACCCGACCAGCCAAAUGGGCUCCGUUUCAUGACCCUGAACCCGGGAACGGUCCCCAGGAUGUACCAUUCCACCGCCAAUCUGUUGCCUGACGGGAGAAUACUGAUCGCCGGCAGCAACCCGCAUUAUUUCUACAAUUUCAAAAGAGCGUUCCCAACUGAAUUGAGAAUCGAAGCUUUCUCGCCGGAGUAUCUGUCGGCGGAUAAGGCAAACAUCCGUCCGGCAAUAGUUGAAUUGCCGGAGAAAGUAACGUACGGGAAGGCGUUCGAGGCGGUGGUGACGGUGGAGCUGCCGGUGGUGGGAAUUAUAGAGGUGAACAUGGCGAGCGCACCAUUUGUGACCCAUUCGUAUUCACAAGGGCAGAGGCUGGUGAAGCUGUCGGUGACAAGUGCCAUACCCGAUGUUGUAGCCGGAAAGUAUAGGAUCGGAUUUACAGCACCGCCGGGAGGUCAGGUGGCGCCGCCGGGAUAUUACAUGGUGUUCGCUGUUAAUCAAGGGGUCCCCAGUGUUGCCCGGUGGGUCCAACUUGUAUCCUGA